AUGUGGAAUCGAAGGAUUUGGUCAAUAAAAUCACCAGCGCACAUUCUGAGAGUCUCGCAGUACUGUACAAAGAAACCUACAGAUACGAUCGCUAGCGUGGCGCAUGAUAUAUCUAACAGGCAGCACCUUUAUAUUACCGAUCCUAUAUCUCCAGGUUCGAUAUUCUUUCUCCCUGGUGGAACCAAGAUCUUUAAUAAGCUGGUAGGCUUCAUGAAGUUACAACAGGAAAAUAAAUAUGGAUUCGAAGAGGUCAUUACACCACUAAUUUACCGCAAAUCUCUAUGGGAACAGUCAGGGCAUUGGGAGAAUUAUAAAGAGGAUAUGUUUCGAGUGGAGGGACAGGAUACUGCAAAAGAAGAAUAUGGUCUCAAACCGAUGAACUGUCCUGGUCAUUGUGUUAUCUACAAGCGAUUUGAUAAAUCGUACAAUGAUCUUCCAAUAAGGUUUUCUGAUUUCUCUCCGUUACACAGGAACGAGGCAUCCGGAGCUCUCAGUGGUCUCACCAGAGUCAGGAAAUUUCAUCAAGAUGAUGGUCACAUAUUUUGUACUCCGCAGCAGGUGGAAGCUGAAAUUUCGAAGUGUCUGGAGUUGAUUGAUCUCUGCUACUCCAAGGUCUUCCCUUUGGGAAAGGAUGGAAAACCAACUAACUAUAUGUUUCGACUAUCCACUCGACCAGAUAAUUAUAUUGGUAGUUUGGAUGUUUGGAAUCACGCAGAAUCAGUUUUAACUGAAAUCCUCAACAGGUCGGGGAAAGAAUGGUCAAUCAAUAGUGGAGAUGGAGCCUUUUAUGGACCUAAGAUCGAUGUUCUCUUAGCAGACCACAAUGGCAAGAACCAUCAGGUAGCAACGGUUCAACUCGAUUUUCAAUUACCAGAGAGAUUUGAUUUGAAAUUUAAAGAUAAAGAUAAUACCUACAAGAGACCCAUUAUGAUUCAUAGAGCUGUUUUUGGUUCUAUCGAAAGGUUCAUGGCAAUGUUAAUUGACUCUAAUAACGGCAAAUGGCCCUUUUGGUUAAAUCCUCGCCAGUGCAUGGUAAUCCCACUUAAUACAAAAAGUGAGUCCAUGAUGAAGGCUUCUGAAGAAAUUGUAAAGAGGUUAAGGGGUGAAGAAACAGCAACUGAUAAACCUGUCAAGCUCAACAGCUUUCAUUUUAAUGUAGACAUGGAUGAUCGUGCCGAACCUGUUGGUUACAGGAUUAAAGAUGCGAUACUUAAGAAUUAUUCCUACCUAAUUAUGGUUGGAGAAAAGGAGAUAGAGACGCAAAAAUUUGCAUUAAGAUCCCGAGAAUCACGCGAACUACAGCAUCUAUCUACUGACGAAAUACUACAGACUUUCGUGAAGUUGGAAGAAAACUAUAAAUGA